UAAAGCACAAAGGGAGCAACAGGAGCAAGAAGUAAUUCUAAAAGUUAAUAGACGAAAAGAGAGAAAGAAAGAAAAAGUGAACAUAUAAAGAUCGGGUAUGUUCGUGCAGCUCACGAGCAAGUACGAACAAAAGUUGAAUUCCCAGUCUAGCCUUGUACGACUCUACCCCGUAAAUCCCGUAGAAUAAAGUAGCUGCGAAAAUAAGAAAGUAAAAGAUAAAAGAUAUAUAUAUAUAAUAUCUAUAAUAAGUAAAGGCAACAUCAGCAGCAGCACUUGGUCACAUUCACCCACCUGCAUAUUCACAAUUCACUAUAGGUGAUGUUUUCACCUCGCGCUUUUUCCAACGCUGUCAAGCUGAGUGAAAUAAAGAUAAAGACAAUAAGAAAAAAAAGACAGUAAAUUCUAUCCUGGUUCUGGUCUGCUAUAUAUUUAUGUACAAGUAAUGUAGAAGGGGACAAACGUAUUAUCAAGCAAUAAGCAAUAGACCAGUAGCAAGUAAUAGUAAUAGUAAUUCGUGGUUAAAAUGUCGCUCUUUAAAUCAGAGCUCUUCUAUUUGUCAUUAUCAUAAAUUUUAUCAACUGUUGCAGACAAGAGUGGACAUUGUUGAGUGUUUUAAAAAUUUAUUUAAUAUUAAUAGUGUGUAUAUUUAUAUAAGUGAAUAAUCUGACGGUUUAGUAGUGGCUUGUACAGUUUGUGUCUUAUGUAUGUCCCAGUUGGGCGUGUGUCGACCCCUCGUUAACUAUACGUUCUCUCAGCUCUCACGUCCAUUGAUUCCAGAAUAUUUAGUUGUUACGGCGCAUGUGAAAACGUCUGGAUGGAUUACUUUGCUCCUUAAAUUAUUAUCCUCACACGUCCUUUAAACGUUUUUAAUAUAUACAUGUGUAUAAAUAAUAUAAAUAUAAUAAACAGUGUAACUGGUGGCUGCAAUGGCUAUUGACCGUGCCAAGUUCCUGGAUAAUAAUAAUCACAGUUUGGAAUUUUUUACAUUCUCCUGAUACUUACCCGUCAUUAUUUAUUAACAGCAUCUGUCGAUUUGUAUCACAAUCCAUGGAUAGAGGAUACAUGGCGAUAUACGAGACGCAUCGGAUGCGUGAAAAAAUAUAUAUUAAAUCACCAUACAUUUGUCAAAGAAACGCCCUGUCGUGAAUUAUUUUUUUUUUUUAAAUUAGUAAUUAUUUUUGAUGAGUUCUGUACAAGUUUUUUUUUAUAACUAUUUGCGGAUAAUUCAUUACGUUUAUCUUUGAUGAGUAAUCAAAGAUUUACUUCCUUACUCCAUAACAGGAAAUUGUGAAAAUAAUUUUUUUUUUUAUAUUUAAAUAAUGUGUGAGAAUAUAAAAGAAUAUUAAGUGGCAUGAAAAAAAGUCAGCUGACACUACCAAAGCUAUUUGGAGAUAAUUUAUAAAAAAAAAAAGCAACAACGGCCAUUUUUUGUGUUAUUGUUGUUGAUGUUAUUGUUUUUAUUGUUGUUUAAUGUGAUUAGACAUUAAUAAAUAAAAAAAAAUCAUGGGAAACUGUUUUAGCAGUCCGACAGAUACUGAGACAGAAAAGUCUGAUAGGAUUGGAAAUCCUAGUAUUGAAGCUGUUGCUUCACAAGCCAGUCCGGUACCAACUCCUCCGCCAGAUCCUAUAAGACCUGUACCACAAAUUCCAGACGCAGAUGUACCUUCUGCUAAAGUCUUCGUUGCUCUCUAUGAUUACGAUGCUAGGACUGAUGAAGAUCUUAGCUUUCGUAAGGGAGAACAUCUGGAGAUACUCAAUGAUACUCAGGGUGAUUGGUGGCUUGCUAGAAGUAAGAGAACCAGACAAGAAGGUUACAUACCCAGCAAUUAUGUUGCUAAACUUAAAUCUAUUGAGGCUGAACCGUGGUACUUCAGAAAGAUCAAACGUAUUGAGGCCGAGAAGAAGCUUCUAUUGCCAGAGAAUGAUCAUGGGGCAUUUUUAAUCCGUGAUUCUGAAAGCAGGCAUAAUGACUAUUCACUUUCUGUUCGCGAUGGCGACACAGUCAAGCAUUAUCGAAUUCGACAAUUAGACGAAGGCGGAUUUUUCAUAGCCAGACGUACAACAUUUAGAAAUCUUCAAGAUCUUGUUGAACACUACAGCAAAGAAGCUGACGGACUGUGUGUAAAUCUCUGCAAGCCGUGUGUGCAGGUGGAGAAACCCGUAACCGAAGGCUUGAGUCAUAGAACAAGGGAUCAAUGGGAGAUUGAUCGAUCAUCAUUGAAGUUUGUAAGAAAACUCGGACAAGGACAAUUCGGUGAAGUAUGGGAAGGAUUAUGGAAUAACACGACACCCGUAGCUAUUAAAACUUUGAAACCAGGCACAAUGGAUCCUAAAGAUUUCCUCGCAGAAGCACAGAUUAUGAAAAAACUACGUCACGCUAAACUUAUUCAAUUAUAUGCUGUUUGUACAAUGGAAGAACCUAUUUAUAUUAUCACAGAGCUCAUGAGAAAUGGCAGUCUUCUUGAGUUCUUACAAGGAAAAGGUCGAGGAUUAAAACUCCAACAGUUAAUUGACAUGUCUGCGCAAAUAGCUGCUGGUAUGGCAUAUCUUGAGUCACAAAAUUACAUUCAUCGAGAUUUAGCAGCACGAAAUGUUCUGGUUGCCGAUGGAAAUAUCGUUAAAAUAGCUGAUUUUGGCUUAGCUCGAUUAAUAAAAGAAGACGAGUAUGAAGCUCGUGUAGGUGCAAGAUUCCCAAUAAAAUGGACAGCUCCAGAAGCUGCCAAUUACAGUAAAUUCAGUAUUAAAUCAGACGUAUGGUCAUUUGGUAUACUUUUGACUGAACUUGUUACCUAUGGUCGAAUUCCAUAUCCUGGUAUGACAAACGCUGAAGUAUUACAUCAAGUUGAACACGGCUACAGAAUGCCUUGUCCUCCCGGAUGUCCAACGGCGCUUUAUGAUAUAAUGCUAGAAUGUUGGAACAAGGAUCCAAUGAAGAGGCCAACUUUCGAGACACUGCAAUGGAAACUCGAAGAUUUCUUCACAAUGGAAGGCUCAGAAUAUAAAGAAGCAUCUGCUUACUGAGUUUCGUAUGUUUUGGAGAAACAAUGGUUCUAUUAAAUAAAAUUAACGAACAAAUAACAUCUAAUUGAAAAGUUUUACAGAGAUAUAAACAUAAAUAAUUAAUUCAGACUGGUAAUCUUACUGCGAUCAUCGAUAUAGUAAUGUUUAUUUUUAUAACGUCGCGGUUAUCAUCUAUUUGUUUACAUGAUAUUCUGGCUGCCAUAUAACGAAAGAAAUAGAAG